UAUUAAAACAUUCUACAUGGUCCACAUUCCACAAUUCUACCCCCACUUUCCAUAAAUAAACAAAUAAGUAAACAUUCCUAGAUUCUUUGGAAUCUUUCACUCUCUUCCCAAAUACACACAAAAUCCAAAACCAAUCCUUUUCAAUUUCAAUUGUCAACCCUAAUCUAAAAAUCCCAAAACCAUUUCAAACCCAAUUAUCAAAACAAUCAUCAAUGAAAUUCGGUAAAGAGUUCAAAACCCAUCUCGAAGAAACAAUCCCUGAAUGGAGAGACAAAUUUCUAUGCUACAAACCAUUGAAGAAGCUUCUCAAACAUCACUUACCUGCCACCACCACAACUACACCCAUCAAUCUUCAUCUUCACUUUCUUCAACAACCCUUUUCUCCUAACAUCUUGCAGGCUUGGUUCCUUCGGAUUCUUAAUCAAGAGCUUGAAAAGUUCAAUGAUUUCUACGUUGACAAAGAGGAAGAGUUUGUUAUUCGAUUUCAGGAGCUGAAAGAGAGAAUUGAGCGACUUAAAGAAAAAAGCAGCAAGAGUGUAAAGUACACUUCUGAUUGUGAAUUUAGCGAAGAAAUGAUGGAUAUUAGGAAGGACUUGGUUACCAUCCAUGGAGAGAUGGUGCUCCUAAAAAACUAUAGCUCCUUAAACUUUGCAGGAUUAAUUAAAAUUUUGAAAAAGUAUGAUAAAAGAACCGGCGGUUUGCUGCGUCUUCCUUUUACACAAAUUGUUCUGCGACAACCUUUUUUCACUACCGAGCCUCUGACAAGGCUAGUUCACGAAUGCGAGGAAAAUCUCGAGCUACUCUUUCCCUUACAAGAAGAAGUAAUUCAAUCAACUUCUCAUCCAGAAAACGAGUCUAGACCAGCGGGAGAUAAUACAACGAAUACCUUAUCCGAGUCAUCCUCAACUGUUGGAGAGGAACCUAUGUAUUUAUAUCGAAGCACUCUUGCUGCUAUGAGAGCCAUAAAAGGUCUUCAGAAAGCGAGUUCCACCAGUAAUCCGUUUUCUUUUUCUUCUCUCUUUAGCAACCAAGAUGAUGAUGAUAGUAAUGGUGCGGUAACUGCUGAAAACUCGCCAGCGAAUUCUCCGGAUACCGUGCAAAAUGAGGAAGGCACAGGUAAAGAGGAUACUGACUAACCCUUUUGUUAGUUGAAUCUAAAUGAAGUGUUCUCUCUUUUUGUCCACAUGAUGAGAUGUAUUUUCUUUAGCAUCUAACUUUAAAAAUAAUACUUAAAUGCUGUCUUUUCACUCUCCA